UAAGUGAAAAAUGGUAAUCUUACAUAUGUUUAAUGUAGUUUUCUAUUUUUAUGCUGUAUGUUUACAUAUUAUUUAUAAUUUUUAAAAAUUAGUAAUAUUAAAAUGUAAAAACUAUAUUUUAUGUCACGUGUCAUCUUUCGGGAUAAGUUAUUUUUGCUGAUGUGGACGCUCUAUGGAGCCUCAAAAGAUCAUUUUUAUUAGUAUAGAUUAGAAUUGUAUAAAUUUUCCUUUAGAUAUAUCUGUGUAAUUUUAGUCUUACUACCUACGCAGCAUUAGUUGGCAACAUUUUCAUCUAAAUUUGCAUUGAAAUUUACUGUUUCCUUAUUGGUUGGUUUAAUUGCUUCAACUAAGGGAAACAUAUCUUGAGUUAUACAAAUAAUAUCUAAAGUUACAUGAUUAUUAUCUGCUCUAUCCAAUGAUUUCCUGACAACUGUUAAUGAGUAUAUAUAUAUUCUUUUUGUAACUAUUAUAAUUAUACAUUACUGCAAUUUAGCAUUAAUGAUCCCAAAGAAAGUGAUAAGACCUGCAUACGUAAUACCAGCCUCAUUACACUAUAUAAACAAGAGCAUUAUCAAGUGCCAACAUAUCUCUAUCAUUCACCAACACAAAACAAUGCCAAAGGGAAGGAUAAAAAUAGAGCCUAUGACUAAUAGCACUGCAAGGAACCAAACUUUCAGGAAGAGGAAGACAGGUUUACUUAAAAAAGCCAACGAGCUGUCAACUCUCUGCGGUGUCAAAGUUUGUGUGGUUAUCAACAGCUGCGACAACACGGAGACGGAGUUUUGGCCGUCAAGGGAAGGCGCUGAAGCAGUGCACUCGGCGUUUAUGGGUGUUCUGCCGGAGGAACGGUGCAAGAAGAUGUACGACCAAGAGAGGCAUCUGGAGGAGAGGAUCCAGAAGGGACAAGCGAAAGCGAUGAGGCUACAAGCGGAGAAUCGAGAGAUUGAGCUUAGAGAGGUUAUGUUCGAUCUUUUGAAGGGGGAGACGCUAAAGCCGCAUCACUAUGAUGAUCCAUGUUUUAUUGGAGAACUAAAUCAUUUUAUUGGUGAUUAUGUCAAAAAUCUAAGUCACAGGAUCGAGUUCCUCGAGGCGAAUGGUGAGCCAGUUCCUCCUAAUGUCGCUGCUACAGAUGCGUCUGGUCCUGUCGUUGGUGAUGCGAACCCUUUUGUUGUCGGAACUGAGGGUUUGGUAAGUAACCCUACUGAAGCUUAUGAUCAUAUGCGUCAAUUUGAUGGUAUGGAUAUGAGUGUGAAGGAGGAGGCUCCUGGAGGUUUUAAUGAUCAUGUUCAUCAUCAGAAUAUGAAUCAUCAAGAACCAUUUCAAUACCAAACUCCUACUAACUUUUAUGAUCAGACUCAGCCCAUGUUUUAUGGUUCGAGCCAGGGUAUGAAUAUGAAUCGUGAAGAACCAUUUCAAUACCAAACUCCUGCUAACUUUGAUGAUCAGACUCAGCCUAUGUUCUAUGGUUCGAACCAGGAUAUGUAUACAGGUUUGAAUCAUGAUCAGGGACAGAGUUCGAAUCAGUAUCCAAAUUCAAACCAAUCGUUCGUGGGUCUUUUGAUGGGACAACCUCAGCAGAUGAGUGAUGGUCAAGAUCCUGCAACCGUUGCUUCGAUGGAUGACAAAAAUAAUGGCUAUUACCAACUACCAAUCACCAGUCAGAUGCUUCUCACCACCACCACCGCCGCCGCUGCCGAUCUUUCUGGUCAUAGGAUCAACAAUGGUUGGCUAACAAGGUUUGGUUUGGAUUGA